AGAUGGUCGGAUGUGCGCGCGGGGGGGUGGAGUGGCACGGCUGCAGACCCAUGAGCACGCGAAAGACUCCGGACUGAAGACGACGGGUGAUCUGGGUGAGUUCAGGAAGCGCAGUCACAAGCCACAGACGGCAGUCAGAGUCGAGCAGUCGAGCUUUCGAGUUCUCUCUUGCAACACAAAACCAUUUUGGUUCAAUAAAGAAAAGUAAUAUUUAAUUUUUUUUCCACCGAGAGUGUUAUUCCAACUGGUCUCGCUCUUUUUCCUCUCACUCUUUAUUCAUCGCACUACAAAUUAUACUUUGUGAAACACAGUUGACUUUAAAUUAAAUAAAUUUACAGCUUUUUUGCUUGUUUUGUGAGGGAAUUUGAUAAAAAGCGAAAAUUGGUGGCGUCUUUUGCGCAAUUAAAUUUAUAUAAAAAAGUGUGCCAAAUUGAGUUGUUAAAAAAAAAUUAUCUUGGAAGAACCACGGAGAAUCUCACGGUGAAAGUGAUAAGAAAGAAAUCUGGCGAAGACAAAAGCCAGACUUUGCGGGAGAACGAGAAAAUUUCACAAAGAACGCGUUGUGUAAGGGUCACAAAGUGCGCCAAAAGGAGGAAAUCCUGAAGGGCAUUUAAGGACAAAAGUGUGUCUUGUGAGCAUAGAAAAAGGAACACCACCCAGCAUCCGAAAUGGCUCUUAGAGUGGUGGGUUUAUUGAUUCGCCAAGAAAUGUCUACUCUCACGAGUAAGGCACCAUCGCGCAUGUUCAGCAGCACACCAAGAGCUCUCUCCAGCGUCCUGGCCAAUUCACCAAAUGCUGACUUCAACAAGAAAGUCAUGGACCGAUAUUCGCGCCUUCAGCUCAAUCCCAACGUCAUCCAAGCUACCUAUGUGUGGAUUGAUGGAACAGGAGAAAAUGUGCGCAGCAAAACGCGUAUACUGAACAAGAAACCCGAAAGUCCCGCUGAGGUCCCUAAGUGGAGCUACGACGGUAGUUCAACGUAUCAGGCACUUGGUGGGAAUUCCGAUACAACCCUCGUGCCACGAGCAAUCUACAAGGAUCCCACGAAAUUCGGCGUGAAUGACAUCAUUGUGAUGUGUGACACGUACAAGCCCGAUGGUACGCCGUGUGACACGAACCACAGGUGCGCAAUGCAGCAUACAAUGGAUAAGAUUCAUCAUGAAGAACCGUGGUUUGGUAUUGAGCAAGAAUACACAUUCCUGGACUUUGACAAUCGUCCACUGGGUUGGCCAGCUCAUGGCUUCCCUGGGCCUCAGGGUCCGUACUACUGUGGCGUUGGAGCUGAUCGUGUAAUUGCCAGGGAUAUCGUGGAAGCCCAUGGGGUGGCGUGUAUCUAUGCUGGGAUUGAUUUUGCCGGCACCAAUGCUGAGGUCAUGCCAGCCCAGUGGGAGUACCAGGUUGGUCCGAGUUUGGGUAUGAAGUGUGCCGAUGAUCUCUGGGUGUCACGAUACCUUCUGUGGCGCAUUGCUGAGGACUACGGGGUGGUCGUGACGUUCGAUCCUAAGCCCAUGGAUGGACCGUGGAAUGGUGCUGGUGCCCAUACGAAUUUCUCAACGCGCAAAAUGCGCGAAGAUGGUGGCAUGAAAGUCAUCGAGCAGGCAAUUGAGCGCCUGUCCAAGAAGCAAGAUCAUCACAUUCGCUGCUACGAUCCACAUGGUGGGAAGGACAAUGAACGUCGACUCAUUGGGCGCCUUGAGACGUCGUCCAUUAAGAAAUUCUCAUGGGGUAUUGCCGAUCGUGGGGUCAGUGUCCGUGUACCACGAGGUGUUGCUGAUGCUGGAAAAGGCUACCUGGAGGAUCGUCGACCCAGUUCAAAUUGCGAUCCCUACGCUGUGUGCAAUGCUAUCCUCGAUACAUGCUGUGUUGACAAAUAAGGACACAAAAGAAAAACUUGCUUUCCAACGCUGGCGUAAAAAAUGGUAAAAAAUCUUUUAAAGAAAACAAAAAUUGGUUGUUAAAUUCGGUCAAAUUCACAAUAAUAUCGCUGUAACGUUAAAUAUCUAAUAAUUGCAUAUUAUAUAUCUCUAUAUCAAUUAAACAUCUAUUAGAAGAAAAAAAAGUUUGUAAUUGAUGUGACUGUUUGAAGACAUAUAGAAAAAAAAAGAAAAGUUUUUUAAGAAUCAUAAAUAUAAUUUUUCUUUAAUCUUAGUUUCAAGACAUAUCGUUGAUGAAAUCGGUGAGAUAAAAAAAAACGUACAGACUCUGUUGUCAAAUGUUGUGUAGAGAAAGAGAUUUCUGUGUAGAGUUUAAAAAUAUUUCAGUGGGAAAGACUAAAUAACUGACGAAGAGACGAAGCAAAGAAAGCUUAGAAAUUAUCUUUAUAUACAAAUUGGGUUGAUAAGGAAUGAAUAUAUAAUUUUACAUUUGAUAGAGAAACAAACACAUCUUGUCCACUAAAUUUAAUUAAUGAAAAAAACUCUAUUCUUACAAAAAAUGCAUUUAGAUUUACAAUGAAAAUUUUUAUAUUUAGUUAAGACAUUUGGGGAGACGGGAGAAAGUCUUUUUUCGUGUGAUUUUCUCUUUAUUGUAAAAAAAUUAACCAUUGUGAGGAAAAAAACUGAGACACACGCAAGCAUUUUUUUAAAUUGGGUGGUGUGACGCAGCAUAAAAAAAAUUACAGAGGGAGUGAGAAAUUUAAAAGAAAAAAAAAUGAAAGAAAAGUCGUAGACUCAAAAUAGUGGUUUAAUUCUUAAUGAUUAAAAUGUUUAAUUUAGAAUUGGGGAGGACUUUAUAUUUUUUUUUCGUUAUAUUGCAUAAAUUGUAAGGUAUCAGUAUUUAGUUUCGUAAUAAAGAAAAAAAACAGGACAAAAGAAUAAAAUACAUGUUGAAUCGAAUAGGCAAAAUGAUUAAAAGGAAAAAGAACUCUUUGUUAGUUUAAAAAGAAAAAGAAUAUAUCAGAUGAUGAUGUGCAAAAACCUUUGUCUAAGUUGAAUAUAUAUAUUUUGUAAAUACAA